AUGAUUCUUCUCUUUGCAAACUUGGUACUCUUCGUGCGUGAAAGAAAUUCUUAUGCGUUCGUAGCUGGGAAGCCCGGCGGCCAGGUGGACACAGGUAGUGCGGCGGUCGCGCGCCUAUGCCAACACGCCGCAGACACCACCAACACGCCGCAGACACCACCAACACGCCGCAGACACCACCAACACGCCGCAGACACCACCAACACGCCGCAGACACCACCAACACGCCGCAGACACCACCAACACGCCGCAGACACCACCAACACGCCGCAGACACCACCAACACGCCGCAGACACCACCAACACGCCGCAGACACCACCAACACGCCGCAGACACCACCAACACGCCGCAGACACCACCAACACGCCGCAGACACCACCAACACGCCGCAGACACCACCAACACGCCGCAGACACCACCAACACGCCGCAGACACCACCAACACGCCGCAGACACCACCAACACGCCGCAGACACCACCAACACGCCGCAGACACCACCAACACGCCGCAGACACCACCAACACGCCGCAGACACCACCAACACGCCGCAGACACCACCAACACGCCGCAGACACCACCAACACGCCGCAGACACCACCAACACGCCGCAGACACCACCAACACGCCGCAGACACCACCAACACGCCGCAGACACCACCAACACGCCGCAGACACCACCAACACGCCGCAGACACCACCAACACGCCGCAGACACCACCAACACGCCGCAGACACCACCAACACGCCGCAGACACCACCAACACGCCGCAGACACCACCAACACGCCGCAGACACCACCAACACGCCGCAGACACCACCAACACGCCGCAGACACCACCAACACGCCGCAGACACCACCAACACGCCGCAGACACCACCAACACGCCGCAGACACCACCAACACGCCGCAGACACCACCAACACGCCGCAGACACCACCAACACGCCGCAGACACCACCAACACGCCGCAGACACCACCAACACGCCGCAGACACCACCAACACGCCGCAGACACCACCAACACGCCGCAGACACCACCAACACGCCGCAGACACCACCAACACGCCGCAGACACCACCAACACGCCGCAGACACCACCAACACGCCGCAGACACCACCAACACGCCGCAGACACCACCAACACGCCGCAGACACCACCAACACGCCGCAGACACCACCAACACGCCGCAGACACCACCAACACGCCGCAGACACCACCAACACGCCGCAGACACCACCAACACGCCGCAGACACCACCAACACGCCGCAGACACCACCAACACGCCGCAGACACCACCAACACGCCGCAGACACCACCAACACGCCGCAGACACCACCAACACGCCGCAGACACCACCAACACGCCGCAGACACCACCAACACGCCGCAGACACCACCAACACGCCGCAGACACCACCAACACGCCGCAGACACCACCAACACGCCGCAGACACCACCAACACGCCGCAGACACCACCAACACGCCGCAGACACCACCAACACGCCGCAGACACCACCAACACGCCGCAGACACCACCAACACGCCGCAGACACCACCAACACGCCGCAGACACCACCAACACGCCGCAGACACCACCAACACGCCGCAGACACCACCAACACGCCGCAGACACCACCAACACGCCGCAGACACCACCAACACGCCGCAGACACCACCAACACGCCGCAGACACCACCAACACGCCGCAGACACCACCAACACGCCGCAGACACCACCAACACGCCGCAGACACCACCAACACGCCGCAGACACCACCAACACGCCGCAGACACCACCAACACGCCGCAGACACCACCAACACGCCGCAGACACCACCAACACGCCGCAGACACCACCAACACGCCGCAGACACCACCAACACGCCGCAGACACCACCAACACGCCGCAGACACCACCAACACGCCGCAGACACCACCAACACGCCGCAGACACCACCAACACGCCGCAGACACCACCAACACGCCGCAGACACCACCAACACGCCGCAGACACCACCAACACGCCGCAGACACCACCAACACGCCGCAGACACCACCAACACGCCGCAGACACCACCAACACGCCGCAGACACCACCAACACGCCGCAGACACCACCAACACGCCGCAGACACCACCAACACGCCGCAGACACCACCAACACGCCGCAGACACCACCAACACGCCGCAGACACCACCAACACGCCGCAGACACCACCAACACGCCGCAGACACCACCAACACGCCGCAGACACCACCAACACGCCGCAGACACCACCAACACGCCGCAGACACCACCAACACGCCGCAGACACCACCAACACGCCGCAGACACCACCAACACGCCGCAGACACCACCAACACGCCGCAGACACCACCAACACGCCGCAGACACCACCAACACGCCGCAGACACCACCAACACGCCGCAGACACCACCAACACGCCGCAGACACCACCAACACGCCGCAGACACCACCAACACGCCGCAGACACCACCAACACGCCGCAGACACCACCAACACGCCGCAGACACCACCAACACGCCGCAGACACCACCAACACGCCGCAGACACCACCAACACGCCGCAGACACCACCAACACGCCGCAGACACCACCAACACGCCGCAGACACCACCAACACGCCGCAGACACCACCAACACGCCGCAGACACCACCAACACGCCGCAGACACCACCAACACGCCGCAGACACCACCAACACGCCGCAGACACCACCAACACGCCGCAGACACCACCAACACGCCGCAGACACCACCAACACGCCGCAGACACCACCAACACGCCGCAGACACCACCAACACGCCGCAGACACCACCAACACGCCGCAGACACCACCAACACGCCGCAGACACCACCAACACGCCGCAGACACCACCAACACGCCGCAGACACCACCAACACGCCGCAGACACCACCAACACGCCGCAGACACCACCAACACGCCGCAGACACCACCAACACGCCGCAGACACCACCAACACGCCGCAGACACCACCAACACGCCGCAGACACCACCAACACGCCGCAGACACCACCAACACGCCGCAGACACCACCAACACGCCGCAGACACCACCAACACGCCGCAGACACCACCAACACGCCGCAGACACCACCAACACGCCGCAGACACCACCAACACGCCGCAGACACCACCAACACGCCGCAGACACCACCAACACGCCGCAGACACCACCAACACGCCGCAGACACCACCAACACGCCGCAGACACCACCAACACGCCGCAGACACCACCAACACGCCGCAGACACCACCAACACGCCGCAGACACCACCAACACGCCGCAGACACCACCAACACGCCGCAGACACCACCAACACGCCGCAGACACCACCAACACGCCGCAGACACCACCAACACGCCGCAGACACCACCAACACGCCGCAGACACCACCAACACGCCGCAGACACCACCAACACGCCGCAGACACCACCAACACGCCGCAGACACCACCAACACGCCGCAGACACCACCAACACGCCGCAGACACCACCAACACGCCGCAGACACCACCAACACGCCGCAGACACCACCAACACGCCGCAGACACCACCAACACGCCGCAGACACCACCAACACGCCGCAGACACCACCAACACGCCGCAGACACCACCAACACGCCGCAGACACCACCAACACGCCGCAGACACCACCAACACGCCGCAGACACCACCAACACGCCGCAGACACCACCAACACGCCGCAGACACCACCAACACGCCGCAGACACCACCAACACGCCGCAGACACCACCAACACGCCGCAGACACCACCAACACGCCGCAGACACCACCAACACGCCGCAGACACCACCAACACGCCGCAGACACCACCAACACGCCGCAGACACCACCAACACGCCGCAGACACCACCAACACGCCGCAGACACCACCAACACGCCGCAGACACCACCAACACGCCGCAGACACCACCAACACGCCGCAGACACCACCAACACGCCGCAGACACCACCAACACGCCGCAGACACCACCAACACGCCGCAGACACCACCAACACGCCGCAGACACCACCAACACGCCGCAGACACCACCAACACGCCGCAGACACCACCAACACGCCGCAGACACCACCAACACGCCGCAGACACCACCAACACGCCGCAGACACCACCAACACGCCGCAGACACCACCAACACGCCGCAGACACCACCAACACGCCGCAGACACCACCAACACGCCGCAGACACCACCAACACGCCGCAGACACCACCAACACGCCGCAGACACCACCAACACGCCGCAGACACCACCAACACGCCGCAGACACCACCAACACGCCGCAGACACCACCAACACGCCGCAGACACCACCAACACGCCGCAGACACCACCAACACGCCGCAGACACCACCAACACGCCGCAGACACCACCAACACGCCGCAGACACCACCAACACGCCGCAGACACCACCAACACGCCGCAGACACCACCAACACGCCGCAGACACCACCAACACGCCGCAGACACCACCAACACGCCGCAGACACCACCAACACGCCGCAGACACCACCAACACGCCGCAGACACCACCAACACGCCGCAGACACCACCAACACGCCGCAGACACCACCAACACGCCGCAGACACCACCAACACGCCGCAGACACCACCAACACGCCGCAGACACCACCAACACGCCGCAGACACCACCAACACGCCGCAGACACCACCAACACGCCGCAGACACCACCAACACGCCGCAGACACCACCAACACGCCGCAGACACCACCAACACGCCGCAGACACCACCAACACGCCGCAGACACCACCAACACGCCGCAGACACCACCAACACGCCGCAGACACCACCAACACGCCGCAGACACCACCAACACGCCGCAGACACCACCAACACGCCGCAGACACCACCAACACGCCGCAGACACCACCAACACGCCGCAGACACCACCAACACGCCGCAGACACCACCAACACGCCGCAGACACCACCAACACGCCGCAGACACCACCAACACGCCGCAGACACCACCAACACGCCGCAGACACCACCAACACGCCGCAGACACCACCAACACGCCGCAGACACCACCAACACGCCGCAGACACCACCAACACGCCGCAGACACCACCAACACGCCGCAGACACCACCAACACGCCGCAGACACCACCAACACGCCGCAGACACCACCAACACGCCGCAGACACCACCAACACGCCGCAGACACCACCAACACGCCGCAGACACCACCAACACGCCGCAGACACCACCAACACGCCGCAGACACCACCAACACGCCGCAGACACCACCAACACGCCGCAGACACCACCAACACGCCGCAGACACCACCAACACGCCGCAGACACCACCAACACGCCGCAGACACCACCAACACGCCGCAGACACCACCAACACGCCGCAGACACCACCAACACGCCGCAGACACCACCAACACGCCGCAGACACCACCAACACGCCGCAGACACCACCAACACGCCGCAGACACCACCAACACGCCGCAGACACCACCAACACGCCGCAGACACCACCAACACGCCGCAGACACCACCAACACGCCGCAGACACCACCAACACGCCGCAGACACCACCAACACGCCGCAGACACCACCAACACGCCGCAGACACCACCAACACGCCGCAGACACCACCAACACGCCGCAGACACCACCAACACGCCGCAGACACCACCAACACGCCGCAGACACCACCAACACGCCGCAGACACCACCAACACGCCGCAGACACCACCAACACGCCGCAGACACCACCAACACGCCGCAGACACCACCAACACGCCGCAGACACCACCAACACGCCGCAGACACCACCAACACGCCGCAGACACCACCAACACGCCGCAGACACCACCAACACGCCGCAGACACCACCAACACGCCGCAGACACCACCAACACGCCGCAGACACCACCAACACGCCGCAGACACCACCAACACGCCGCAGACACCACCAACACGCCGCAGACACCACCAACACGCCGCAGACACCACCAACACGCCGCAGACACCACCAACACGCCGCAGACACCACCAACACGCCGCAGACACCACCAACACGCCGCAGACACCACCAACACGCCGCAGACACCACCAACACGCCGCAGACACCACCAACACGCCGCAGACACCACCAACACGCCGCAGACACCACCAACACGCCGCAGACACCACCAACACGCCGCAGACACCACCAACACGCCGCAGACACCACCAACACGCCGCAGACACCACCAACACGCCGCAGACACCACCAACACGCCGCAGACACCACCAACACGCCGCAGACACCACCAACACGCCGCAGACACCACCAACACGCCGCAGACACCACCAACACGCCGCAGACACCACCAACACGCCGCAGACACCACCAACACGCCGCAGACACCACCAACACGCCGCAGACACCACCAACACGCCGCAGACACCACCAACACGCCGCAGACACCACCAACACGCCGCAGACACCACCAACACGCCGCAGACACCACCAACACGCCGCAGACACCACCAACACGCCGCAGACACCACCAACACGCCGCAGACACCACCAACACGCCGCAGACACCACCAACACGCCGCAGACACCACCAACACGCCGCAGACACCACCAACACGCCGCAGACACCACCAACACGCCGCAGACACCACCAACACGCCGCAGACACCACCAACACGCCGCAGACACCACCAACACGCCGCAGACACCACCAACACGCCGCAGACACCACCAACACGCCGCAGACACCACCAACACGCCGCAGACACCACCAACACGCCGCAGACACCACCAACACGCCGCAGACACCACCAACACGCCGCAGACACCACCAACACGCCGCAGACACCACCAACACGCCGCAGACACCACCAACACGCCGCAGACACCACCAACACGCCGCAGACACCACCAACACGCCGCAGACACCACCAACACGCCGCAGACACCACCAACACGCCGCAGACACCACCAACACGCCGCAGACACCACCAACACGCCGCAGACACCACCAACACGCCGCAGACACCACCAACACGCCGCAGACACCACCAACACGCCGCAGACACCACCAACACGCCGCAGACACCACCAACACGCCGCAGACACCACCAACACGCCGCAGACACCACCAACACGCCGCAGACACCACCAACACGCCGCAGACACCACCAACACGCCGCAGACACCACCAACACGCCGCAGACACCACCAACACGCCGCAGACACCACCAACACGCCGCAGACACCACCAACACGCCGCAGACACCACCAACACGCCGCAGACACCACCAACACGCCGCAGACACCACCAACACGCCGCAGACACCACCAACACGCCGCAGACACCACCAACACGCCGCAGACACCACCAACACGCCGCAGACACCACCAACACGCCGCAGACACCACCAACACGCCGCAGACACCACCAACACGCCGCAGACACCACCAACACGCCGCAGACACCACCAACACGCCGCAGACACCACCAACACGCCGCAGACACCACCAACACGCCGCAGACACCACCAACACGCCGCAGACACCACCAACACGCCGCAGACACCACCAACACGCCGCAGACACCACCAACACGCCGCAGACACCACCAACACGCCGCAGACACCACCAACACGCCGCAGACACCACCAACACGCCGCAGACACCACCAACACGCCGCAGACACCACCAACACGCCGCAGACACCACCAACACGCCGCAGACACCACCAACACGCCGCAGACACCACCAACACGCCGCAGACACCACCAACACGCCGCAGACACCACCAACACGCCGCAGACACCACCAACACGCCGCAGACACCACCAACACGCCGCAGACACCACCAACACGCCGCAGACACCACCAACACGCCGCAGACACCACCAACACGCCGCAGACACCACCAACACGCCGCAGACACCACCAACACGCCGCAGACACCACCAACACGCCGCAGACACCACCAACACGCCGCAGACACCACCAACACGCCGCAGACACCACCAACACGCCGCAGACACCACCAACACGCCGCAGACACCACCAACACGCCGCAGACACCACCAACACGCCGCAGACACCACCAACACGCCGCAGACACCACCAACACGCCGCAGACACCACCAACACGCCGCAGACACCACCAACACGCCGCAGACACCACCAACACGCCGCAGACACCACCAACACGCCGCAGACACCACCAACACGCCGCAGACACCACCAACACGCCGCAGACACCACCAACACGCCGCAGACACCACCAACACGCCGCAGACACCACCAACACGCCGCAGACACCACCAACACGCCGCAGACACCACCAACACGCCGCAGACACCACCAACACGCCGCAGACACCACCAACACGCCGCAGACACCACCAACACGCCGCAGACACCACCAACACGCCGCAGACACCACCAACACGCCGCAGACACCACCAACACGCCGCAGACACCACCAACACGCCGCAGACACCACCAACACGCCGCAGACACCACCAACACGCCGCAGACACCACCAACACGCCGCAGACACCACCAACACGCCGCAGACACCACCAACACGCCGCAGACACCACCAACACGCCGCAGACACCACCAACACGCCGCAGACACCACCAACACGCCGCAGACACCACCAACACGCCGCAGACACCACCAACACGCCGCAGACACCACCAACACGCCGCAGACACCACCAACACGCCGCAGACACCACCAACACGCCGCAGACACCACCAACACGCCGCAGACACCACCAACACGCCGCAGACACCACCAACACGCCGCAGACACCACCAACACGCCGCAGACACCACCAACACGCCGCAGACACCACCAACACGCCGCAGACACCACCAACACGCCGCAGACACCACCAACACGCCGCAGACACCACCAACACGCCGCAGACACCACCAACACGCCGCAGACACCACCAACACGCCGCAGACACCACCAACACGCCGCAGACACCACCAACACGCCGCAGACACCACCAACACGCCGCAGACACCACCAACACGCCGCAGACACCACCAACACGCCGCAGACACCACCAACACGCCGCAGACACCACCAACACGCCGCAGACACCACCAACACGCCGCAGACACCACCAACACGCCGCAGACACCACCAACACGCCGCAGACACCACCAACACGCCGCAGACACCACCAACACGCCGCAGACACCACCAACACGCCGCAGACACCACCAACACGCCGCAGACACCACCAACACGCCGCAGACACCACCAACACGCCGCAGACACCACCAACACGCCGCAGACACCACCAACACGCCGCAGACACCACCAACACGCCGCAGACACCACCAACACGCCGCAGACACCACCAACACGCCGCAGACACCACCAACACGCCGCAGACACCACCAACACGCCGCAGACACCACCAACACGCCGCAGACACCACCAACACGCCGCAGACACCACCAACACGCCGCAGACACCACCAACACGCCGCAGACACCACCAACACGCCGCAGACACCACCAACACGCCGCAGACACCACCAACACGCCGCAGACACCACCAACACGCCGCAGACACCACCAACACGCCGCAGACACCACCAACACGCCGCAGACACCACCAACACGCCGCAGACACCACCAACACGCCGCAGACACCACCAACACGCCGCAGACACCACCAACACGCCGCAGACACCACCAACACGCCGCAGACACCACCAACACGCCGCAGACACCACCAACACGCCGCAGACACCACCAACACGCCGCAGACACCACCAACACGCCGCAGACACCACCAACACGCCGCAGACACCACCAACACGCCGCAGACACCACCAACACGCCGCAGACACCACCAACACGCCGCAGACACCACCAACACGCCGCAGACACCACCAACACGCCGCAGACACCACCAACACGCCGCAGACACCACCAACACGCCGCAGACACCACCAACACGCCGCAGACACCACCAACACGCCGCAGACACCACCAACACGCCGCAGACACCACCAACACGCCGCAGACACCACCAACACGCCGCAGACACCACCAACACGCCGCAGACACCACCAACACGCCGCAGACACCACCAACACGCCGCAGACACCACCAACACGCCGCAGACACCACCAACACGCCGCAGACACCACCAACACGCCGCAGACACCACCAACACGCCGCAGACACCACCAACACGCCGCAGACACCACCAACACGCCGCAGACACCACCAACACGCCGCAGACACCACCAACACGCCGCAGACACCACCAACACGCCGCAGACACCACCAACACGCCGCAGACACCACCAACACGCCGCAGACACCACCAACACGCCGCAGACACCACCAACACGCCGCAGACACCACCAACACGCCGCAGACACCACCAACACGCCGCAGACACCACCAACACGCCGCAGACACCACCAACACGCCGCAGACACCACCAACACGCCGCAGACACCACCAACACGCCGCAGACACCACCAACACGCCGCAGACACCACCAACACGCCGCAGACACCACCAACACGCCGCAGACACCACCAACACGCCGCAGACACCACCAACACGCCGCAGACACCACCAACACGCCGCAGACACCACCAACACGCCGCAGACACCACCAACACGCCGCAGACACCACCAACACGCCGCAGACACCACCAACACGCCGCAGACACCACCAACACGCCGCAGACACCACCAACACGCCGCAGACACCACCAACACGCCGCAGACACCACCAACACGCCGCAGACACCACCAACACGCCGCAGACACCACCAACACGCCGCAGACACCACCAACACGCCGCAGACACCACCAACACGCCGCAGACACCACCAACACGCCGCAGACACCACCAACACGCCGCAGACACCACCAACACGCCGCAGACACCACCAACACGCCGCAGACACCACCAACACGCCGCAGACACCACCAACACGCCGCAGACACCACCAACACGCCGCAGACACCACCAACACGCCGCAGACACCACCAACACGCCGCAGACACCACCAACACGCCGCAGACACCACCAACACGCCGCAGACACCACCAACACGCCGCAGACACCACCAACACGCCGCAGACACCACCAACACGCCGCAGACACCACCAACACGCCGCAGACACCACCAACACGCCGCAGACACCACCAACACGCCGCAGACACCACCAACACGCCGCAGACACCACCAACACGCCGCAGACACCACCAACACGCCGCAGACACCACCAACACGCCGCAGACACCACCAACACGCCGCAGACACCACCAACACGCCGCAGACACCACCAACACGCCGCAGACACCACCAACACGCCGCAGACACCACCAACACGCCGCAGACACCACCAACACGCCGCAGACACCACCAACACGCCGCAGACACCACCAACACGCCGCAGACACCACCAACACGCCGCAGACACCACCAACACGCCGCAGACACCACCAACACGCCGCAGACACCACCAACACGCCGCAGACACCACCAACACGCCGCAGACACCACCAACACGCCGCAGACACCACCAACACGCCGCAGACACCACCAACACGCCGCAGACACCACCAACACGCCGCAGACACCACCAACACGCCGCAGACACCACCAACACGCCGCAGACACCACCAACACGCCGCAGACACCACCAACACGCCGCAGACACCACCAACACGCCGCAGACACCACCAACACGCCGCAGACACCACCAACACGCCGCAGACACCACCAACACGCCGCAGACACCACCAACACGCCGCAGACACCACCAACACGCCGCAGACACCACCAACACGCCGCAGACACCACCAACACGCCGCAGACACCACCAACACGCCGCAGACACCACCAACACGCCGCAGACACCACCAACACGCCGCAGACACCACCAACACGCCGCAGACACCACCAACACGCCGCAGACACCACCAACACGCCGCAGACACCACCAACACGCCGCAGACACCACCAACACGCCGCAGACACCACCAACACGCCGCAGACACCACCAACACGCCGCAGACACCACCAACACGCCGCAGACACCACCAACACGCCGCAGACACCACCAACACGCCGCAGACACCACCAACACGCCGCAGACACCACCAACACGCCGCAGACACCACCAACACGCCGCAGACACCACCAACACGCCGCAGACACCACCAACACGCCGCAGACACCACCAACACGCCGCAGACACCACCAACACGCCGCAGACACCACCAACACGCCGCAGACACCACCAACACGCCGCAGACACCACCAACACGCCGCAGACACCACCAACACGCCGCAGACACCACCAACACGCCGCAGACACCACCAACACGCCGCAGACACCACCAACACGCCGCAGACACCACCAACACGCCGCAGACACCACCAACACGCCGCAGACACCACCAACACGCCGCAGACACCACCAACACGCCGCAGACACCACCAACACGCCGCAGACACCACCAACACGCCGCAGACACCACCAACACGCCGCAGACACCACCAACACGCCGCAGACACCACCAACACGCCGCAGACACCACCAACACGCCGCAGACACCACCAACACGCCGCAGACACCACCAACACGCCGCAGACACCACCAACACGCCGCAGACACCACCAACACGCCGCAGACACCACCAACACGCCGCAGACACCACCAACACGCCGCAGACACCACCAACACGCCGCAGACACCACCAACACGCCGCAGACACCACCAACACGCCGCAGACACCACCAACACGCCGCAGACACCACCAACACGCCGCAGACACCACCAACACGCCGCAGACACCACCAACACGCCGCAGACACCACCAACACGCCGCAGACACCACCAACACGCCGCAGACACCACCAACACGCCGCAGACACCACCAACACGCCGCAGACACCACCAACACGCCGCAGACACCACCAACACGCCGCAGACACCACCAACACGCCGCAGACACCACCAACACGCCGCAGACACCACCAACACGCCGCAGACACCACCAACACGCCGCAGACACCACCAACACGCCGCAGACACCACCAACACGCCGCAGACACCACCAACACGCCGCAGACACCACCAACACGCCGCAGACACCACCAACACGCCGCAGACACCACCAACACGCCGCAGACACCACCAACACGCCGCAGACACCACCAACACGCCGCAGACACCACCAACACGCCGCAGACACCAACACGCUGCAGACACCAACACGCUGCAGACACCAACACGCUGCAGACACCAACACGCUGCAGACACCAACACGCUGCAGACACCAACACGCUGCAGACGGAAGCCGUGGACAUUCGCACGCGUGCCCGAGGCAGCGGAAAUGACAAACUUAGAGCGAAAAACAGUUUUGUCACGAUUCUAG